UAAUCUUGAAGCAAUUCACACAAAUUAUUAUUUGUUUUUGUUGCAACUAAUCUGAAGAACUGUGAGGUGACGUAAAGCACAGAGAUGCGUAAAAACAGUGGUGCUGACACGCAGAGGCUGGAGGUGAAGUGAAUCGCGUUUUAGUUUAUUUGGUAUUUUCUUUAAAGCCUAAGGUUGUCGUUAUUUUGGUUUUAUAAGUUAUUUUAGUCACUGAAUGCUUUCUCUCUGAUUUGUCUUGGUUGGGCCUUCAUUGCUUCGUGCACCUCUCACGCGUUGCUGUUUUGAGUCGACAGCGUUGACAGUCGCUCUCACGGUGAGCCAAGUACCGUUUGGUUAGCUAUUUAUUGCUAGCUACCAUUAUUAGCAUCGGGUAAGCCAUUCGGAGGGUGGUUGACAAGAGGUAGCUAACGUUAGCGAGCAAGCUGCAUAUCGUCAAUGGGCCCAUGAUCCUGUCAUCGAAUGUGUUGUAGCUAACGUUAGCUAGUUGAAGGAGAAGCUAUGAGCUAACACCUGGUUGACAGCUACAGAAGAAAAGGCUAACUUGCUUGCUGCGUAUUGUUGUCAGUGUAAGCUGUCCAUUUAAACAUUCGGGAACUCAGCACUGCACCAGCAGCUGCUACCCACGCUCACGUUUGCCUGUCUGUGAACAAGAAGUAGCCAACGUUAGAUGCCUUCGACUCGAAACAACCCCUCAUCAUAGAAGAAGCUUUCAUCCAGAGAAUACUCACUCUUAACGCGGUCCUGGCUGGAGGAGCUCUCAUCAACAUGCUGCUGCACUGAGACACACGGACGGAUAGAUUGACAGACGGACGGACGGACAUACAGACCGAUAGACCCCCUCUCUUCCCCCGUAUCGGCUGUUUCUCCCCCUGCUACCUCCCCCCCUGUACGGAACUUGCUAUGGAAUGCCCUCACCCAGCGGACCGGCACAGUCCUCCUCUAUAGGGCCCUCUCCUGGGAACACACUCCGUAAGGAAUCAGCACAGAACAGCUGAUCUCCUCCUCAGCAGUCUCUGAGUCUUCCUACCCUACAACCCCUCCCCUGAGAAGAUGUCUGUGCGCCUGGCUGGGGAGGACAUCCAGACGGAGGGUGAUAGUGGAAGUAGUGGACUGCUCAAUGAUGACUCUGUCAACAGAGGGAAGCUCUCCCCAUCCCCUGAGCCUUGCCAGGGGCAGGAGGGCACUGGGGCUGGGGGCACUGGGGAAGGCAUGCAGGGCACUGGGGGCACCGGAGAGGGCACGGAGGGCACUGGGACUGGGGGCACCGGAGAGGGCACGGAGGCAGAGGAGAGCGCCACACAGGACUCACAGAGGCGUGUUCAGAACCACGGCCAUGGGAGGAAAAGGGCCAGGUCCAAUGCCAAGCUGAAGCUGGUGAGGAGCCUGGCGGUGUGUGAGGAGUCAUCGGGUCCGUUCUGUACCGACGGACCUCCAGACAUUAUCCAGCUCCACGUCAGCUGUCCCUCCGACAAGGAGGAGGAGAAGUCGUCUAAGGAUCAGCGUGAGAAUGAGAACAAGCGUAAGAUGCUGUCACGAGACUCCAGCCAGGAGUACACAGACUCCACCGGCAUCGACGUGCACGACUUCCUGGUCAACACACUGAAAAACAAUCCCAGGGAUCGAAUGAUGCUGCUGAAACUAGAACAAGAUAUCCUGGAGUUCAUUAAUGACGAUAAUAACCAGUACAAGAAGUUUCCCCAGAUGACGUCGUACCACCGCAUGCUGCUUCACCGUGUAGCAGCCUACUUUGGAAUGGACCACAACGUAGACCAGACUGGCAAGGCAGUCAUCAUCAACAAGACUGGCAACACACGCAUCCCAGAGCAAAAGUUCUCAGAGCACAUCAAGGAUGAGAGGAACAUGGACUUCCAGAAGAAGUUUAUCCUCAAGAGAGACGACGCCAGUAUGGACAAGGACGAUAAUCAGAUCCGCGUGCCGCUGUCGGACGGACGGCGCAGCAAAUCAAUAGAGGAGAGGGAGGAGGAGUAUCAGAGAGUACGAGACCGGAUCUUUGCCCGAGAAGCCUCUCAAAAUGGAUACAUCAACGACAACAGACUUUCCCCUGAAGGCUACUCCUCUAGCUCUCAAAAGAGGAGGCAGAUCUUUAGGGGUAACCGUGAGAGCUCCAGCCGUGCGUCCAGCAGUCGUCAGAGCAGUACCGACAGUGAUAUGAAGUGCCUGGAGCCAAGACCCUGGAGCAGCACAGACUCGGAUAGCUCAAACAGGACCCUCCGGCCACCGGUCACCAAGGCAUCCAGCUUCUCUGGCAUCUCCAUUCUGACCAGAGGAGAUAGUCUGGGCAGCAACAAGAGCUCUCAGGGAAGCUGCAGGGGCUCACGCACUGGUCUCCCUCUGGUGAGUCCAGACAUGUGUCCCCAGCCCCCAGCCCCCCAGCCUGGCCCCUGCCCUGGAGGUCGCGGUCUUCUGCCGUGCCCCUCCCAGCAGCCCCAGGUCCAGACCCAGACCGCCCUACUGCCCACCCCACAGCAACACCCCAUGGGCAACCAUAACCACAACCACAUGAUGACUCAGCCGGUGGGGUCUCUGCAGCCCUCUCAGCCUGUGUCCUACUCCUCCUCCUGUCCCCAGGUCCUCCUGCCUGUCUCUUCCCCCCAACAGUACAUGGGUGAGGAGCUGGCUCCCCAGUUCAGCCAGAUGACUCUGAGUCGACAGGGUUCCAGCGAGGCCCCGGAACCCCCCACCAUGUACCAGACCCAGGGGCCCACUGUCCUCACCCAGCACCCCCCACCCCAGACAGGCUAUAUCAUGGCCGCCCCAGCCCAGCCUCUGGCCCCUCAGUCUGGCUACCAGCCUAACACUGGACACCCCCAUCCUCCUCCUCCUCCUCCACCCCCUCCCUCCCAGACGAUCAUGCAGCCCCCACCGCCGCCCCAGGGGUACAUGCAGCCGCCUCCCCCUCAACAGAUAUCUUAUUACCCACCUGGGCAGCAGUACCCCAGCACAGGGCAGCAGUACCCCAGCACAGGGCAGCAGUACCCCAGCACAGGGCAGCAGUACCCCAGCACAGGGCAGCAGUACCCCAGCACAGGGCAGCAGUACCCCAGCACAGGGCAGCAGUACCGGCCUGGACCCAUGGCUCACCAGGUGGCCUACCCUGCCCAGCAGUCCCAGCCCAUGCCCCAGCCCGUGCCCCAGCCCGUGCCCCAGCCCACACAGCAGUCUGCAGGUCUCCAGACCAUGAUGCCCAACCAGCAGCCCCAGUACCAGGGGAUGAUAGGAGUACCCCAGCAGCCCCAGAACCAGGGGAUGAUAGGAGUACCCCAGCAGCCCCAGAACCAGGGGAUGAUAGGAGUACCCCAGCAGCCCCAGAACCAGGGGAUGAUAGGAGUACCCCAGCAGCCCCAGAACCAGGCUCUCCUCACCUCCCAGAGGCAGGGACAGAUAACGACCAUGAUGGUCCAGUACCCACAGUUGCCCUCAUAUCAGCAGGUCCCUGUGGCCAGUGACCCUCAACAGGUGAUCCAGCACCAGCAGCAGUACCAACAGCAGGUCAUGGUGCCAGUCAGCCAGUCUCUGCAGACUGUCCAGGGACCCAUGCCUGUAUACUACAGCGUCAUCACCCCCACACAACAGAACAGCACAAGUCCGUCAGUGGGGUACCUGCAGCCCAGCUCAGAGCAGUACCAGAUGAGCCCGUCUACUUCUCCCUGCAACCCUCCGCAGAUGCAGCAGCAAUAUUCAGGAGUGCCUCCCCCAGGUCCCGGGGUGAUGGUCAUGCAGCUUAGCAUCCCCAACGGACCCCAGCCUACCCAGAACCCUCCUCUGGUACAGUGGAACCCCUGCAAGUACUACCGCCUAGAGCAGAGACCCAGCAAGCCUGGAGAUCUCUACAAACCUGACAAUGCACAACAGACCAGUAUACAGAUGCAGGGCAGUCCCCUGGCCUCCCCCACCCAGUCUCCCACCCCCUCCCCAUCAGGCGGUGUGAGCAGUGUCUGUCCAGGCCUCGGCCCUCUGCCCCUACUGUCACAGUUCGCCCGGCCCGGACCAGGGCCCGCACAAGGUGACGGGUGCUACUCUCUGUUGGGCCAGCCUCUCCAUUAUAGCCUCUGUCCCUCUCCUCUCAUCCACAGCCAGACAAAUUACAGCUCACAUCAGAGCCAAGUGGGAAUGAAGCAUGGGGCGAGAGGGAAGAGGCCGACAAUGAAGUCUCAAUCUACAGACCUGGGCACCACUGACGUAGUGGUGAGUCGGGUGCUGGAGGUGACAGAUCUCCCAGAGGGCAUCAGUCGCCCUGAGGCUGAGAAGCUCUUCAACCAGCUGUCAAUGUGCGGUGCGAAGAUCCAGUGGCUCAAGGACCCGGUGGCGGGGGGCCGUGGAGGCUACGGUGGCCCAGGAGGGCAUCACGGUCCUGGGAUGGGGUCUGGAGGGGGGAAGGGGAAGGAUGACCCGGCUCACCUCUACACGGUGGUGGCUGUGUUCCCUUCCACCAUGGCUGCACAGAGUGCUUCCUUCAAACUCAACAACAGUGGGGCCAGCCUCUUCAAACUGAGGGCCGCCAAAAAGAACUAUGACCUAAGAGUCCUGGAGAGGGCCAGCUCCCAGUGAAGAGAAAGAGAGGGGGACGAAAGAGAAGAGACUUCUGAAAAGGAGGAGUGGAAAGGAGUUGGACUGAGGGGACUGAACCGUUUUUGGGACAGACAGGGGAAGGUGGGACAAGACUUCACACGUUAAGUGGAACAGGUGAACACACAACACAAACGGAGAGGAUGGUGUUUGCAAAAUAUGAAAUUUAUUUUUUCAUUUUCAAUUGUUUUGUUUUAUAUUAUUGAUACCUGAAGAGCACAUAAGAUACGUGAGCAUGUGGAUCACUGUUGCUGUGUAUUUGUGCUUACACACACGUCCGUGCACGAACAGGCAACAGGGUCACUUAGCAGACCUGAACACACUGAACAGUCAACCUCAGUCCAUCCUUCCCCUCCGCCCGCUGCUCUCCUCCAGCCUUCCUCCUCUUCUGUCUAUACUCUCUCUCGCUCUCUCUCUCUCUCGCUCUCUCGCUCUCUCCUCUCUCUCCUGUCUCUCUCUCUCUCUCUCUC